AUGGCUCCCAGCAACAGCUUCAUGGCCCAUGUGGAGGAGAAACUGCUGCCAAAAGAGAAGAAUAAACUGAGGAAGCCGGUGGUGGAGAAAAUGCGCCGGGACCGGAUUAACAGCAGCAUCGAGCAGCUGAAACUCCUGCUGGAGAAGGAGUUCCAGAGACACCAGCCCAACUCCAAGCUGGAGAAAGCCGACAUCCUGGAAGUGGCCGUCGGCUACCUGAAACAGCAGAGCCAGCUGCAGGCACAAAUGGUCAGUCAGAAGAGCCCAGAACAGGAUUUUAACACUGGUUACCUGCAGUGCCUGAAGGAAGCUCUGCAUUUCCUCUCCUACUGUGAGCCUAAGAAGGAAGCUCAGACCCAGCUGAUCAAGCAUUUCUGCAAAGCUCAGACAAUCCCAGACAACCUGUGCUCACCGCCCAUGCAUAGCCCACCUUCAUUGCCAUGUCUGGUACCCAGGAAGCAUCCUUCCCAGAACAUCCCUGUGGCUGUUGCUGCCAUCUGGAGACCAUGGUAG